UACUAAAGCUGUGAAAGUAUUUGAUUACCUAGUAGUAGCCUACAAACCAAAGUACAAGGUACAAAUUACAUUACUACAUCACAUCGUUAUGGUGUGAAUGUAUAUGCCUACUCCAUCGUCGUUGUACUGCAUGAUUCAGCACUAUUACCGUAUUGGAUCGGAAGUAAUUAUUGUCUUCUGGUCUUUCCUGACAAGAUAAAACAUCUUUAAAUAAAUUUGGUCCUGUUUAAAGGUGUACAUGUCACGAAGAUCUUCCACGGCAUUUACUGAUUGUUCGUUCGUCCACUCAAGACACCAAACCGCAACAAAGCAAGAUUUAACGCCCAGCACCUUAACAAUGGAUUAUGACAAGUUUUUGACUCGACGGGCAGUGCUGUCACAACCGUCACCUAUCCGCUUGUUCCAUAAGAUGGCCCUGGAGAGUUCUGAACCUGUUAUUAACAUGGUCCCUGGAUCACCUAACGAUGAUCGGACGUAUCUUGUUGGAGCAAAGUUCAAUCUCAGAGAUGGAGCAACAAUGGAGUUGGAUGAGUCAGAUAUGAGAGUAGCCCAGCAAUAUAAUCUUUCUGAUGGGAUCAUCCCGUUUCGUGAAUGGUUGACAGAGCUGACAGUAAAGCUGCAUCAUCCUCCGACCUAUGGGGAUGAGAACAAGGAGAAGGCACUGAGGGUUAUCGUGAAUUGUGGAGGGAUCCAGGGCAUCAGUGGAGCUGUGUCUGUUUUCGUGAACCCCGGUGAUAAAGUUCUUGUCGGCGAUUACUUCUAUGCUACAUUUACAGAAAUACUACGACGUAGUGAGGCAGUGACUAUUUCCUUGAAAUCUGAAGAAGAUGGACUAAACAUCGAGCAGCUUGAAGAGAUACUCUCUCAGUAUGAUCCAACUGAUCAACAGAAAUGGUGUGAGAGACCUAAGGUGCUGUAUACAGUACCAAACGGCAACAACCCAACGGGAAAAACAACGUCUUUGGAAAAGAGACGAAAGAUAUACGCCCUCGCACAGAAAUAUGAUUUUAUCAUCAUCGAGGAUGACUCCUACUAUUUCACGCAGUUCAACGAGCCUCGAAUUCCGUCCUACUUAUCUUUGGAUGUUGACGGCAGAGUUAUUCGGUGUGACAGUUUCUCGAAAGUGAUAGGUGCUGGGUUCCGACUAGGCUGGUUGUCUGGACCUUGUGCACUAGUAACACGUAUAUUCUACGAGCUACAAUAUACAGUCCAACAUGCAAGCAUCUUUGCACAGGUGGUGGUGAAUAAGCUUGUGAGACAAUGGGGAAUAGAGGGUUUCUUACGUCGAGCCGAUGAUUUAAGGGACUUCUACCAGCGCCGUCGAGACACCGCGGUCCAGGCUGCUACAACCCAUCUCACAGGACUUGCUACCUGGGUCGUUCCUCAAUGUGGUUUGUUCCUAUGGAUGAAGUUGACAGGCCUUGAGGGAGACUCCACGAGUUUCAUCCGUUCCUUCGCCAUCAAGAACCAAUUUAUGAUGACUCCAGGAGGACUGUUUACCCUAGAGAAGCGUGGGCCUUGCCCCUAUCUUCGGGCCUCCUUCUCACAUGUAUCGGAGCCUGAACUCGAAGAGGGCAUGAAGAGAUUGGCAACAUCACUGAAAGAAGCGUCGGCCCAACAAAAUGAAAAUGCAUGAACACGCAGUUUGGCUUGCUACGGGCUCAUCAAUCAGAACACCGGACAAACUGAUAGAGCGCCCUCUACAAAAUAUUGAUAGUCAUAUCCCAAGGAGCAAGAUUUCACAUUCUUCAUCAUGUUCAUGUUUUGAGUGUCUUUACAAUUUUUUUUUCUCCAUCCAACUCUGAAGCAGUUGUCAUUUUUCCACUGCACGACUAAUUCAAUCGAAGAUUCAGCCAAGAAUAUUACCUCAUUAUAUACAAUAACUAAAACAUAUAUCAUAAGAAGACUGCGUCAAAUGUAAUUCUAUGAAAACAGGGAAUUAAAAUUAACUCAGAAAUUAACUCAGAAAUAUCUUCUUUAAAAGUAAACGCUGUGGAAUCGAUCAGAAAAUGUUGAUCAUCUAGCAAUUUUACUACCGAUAUUCAUGUUCAUACCUCAUUAUCUUGUCCAUAAAAUCCAGGAUACUAUUAUCAUUAUUAUUAUUACAUAUAAUUAUUGUGAAUUAUUUGUACGUUUAAACUAUAUUGCAACUUUCUGAUAUCUUGAAGAAAAAAACGUGUUUCGACAUUCGUUCUUCAUGCCAUUGUAUCGUGUUGAGAAACCUUCUGUUUAACCCUAUAUUUAAUGUAACUGCUGCAUCCAUUACUGCAGCAUCCAUUCUUAAUUUUCACGAAUCAUUAUUGUUACUUUAAUAUGAAAAUAAAUUAUUGUUUCCCAUAGCUAUCAGUAAUGAGUAAAUCAAUUCGGAUGUGUGCGGAUGUGUGCGUGUGCGUGUAUAUUGUGCAAUAAUUGCAAACAAUAGCUACUCAAAGCACCUCUUAAAGUGUUAGGAGCCCCAACUUCGCUAAAAAAUUGAUAGCAAAAUUUCACUUUCAUUGUAUCAUAAUGUGAAAGAGGAUUUUGCAAAGUCCCCCCCCCCCCCCAAAAAAAAAAAAAAAAAAAAAUGUGUUUGAAUUCAAAUAUUGAUAAAAGAAUAAAUAAUUUGGUUUGGUUUUCUGUUGUGCGCAGAAAACCCCAAAUUUGUAUUCUUUCUUCAGUAUUUGACUUCAUACACAUUUGUUUUGCAAAUUCUUGCAGAAAUGUGUUUUUAAUGACAUCAUCUUUCAUAUAAUGAUACAAUAAGUGAUUUUUGCCAUCAAAUUUUGGGGGCUCCCAACACUUUGGAGGGGCUUUAUCAAGGUUUCAACCGUUAUGUUGUUGACUGCUAUAGUCUCGGGGGUAGCCCCGGGAGUAGUCCUAAACAAGCCAGUCAUUCGAUUUCGCUGCUGUUCAGCACUGAUGUGUACUGACUAUGAAUGGAAUAUUGAUUCAUAUUGCCUAUGAAAAAAAAUAUGUUCAGAAGCAUUAUAAGAUGAUUAUUAUCCUUAUACUUAUUGAUUAGUUUUGUGAAUAAUUUUAUAUGAAUAAUUUACUACAUUUUUUUUGGGUAUAUAUACUGAUAGUGAUAUAAUUACGUGUCAGGUCACGAUGAGAGGCUUUUACAGGAACAGGGGUUCGUUUCAUGAAAUCGUCAUGCACACAAAUUCGCCGAUAUCUCAAUAAAACGUGUGUUAAACUUAACUUCCAACGGGUUGUCGACGAACUUGAACUUAUGACGGUCUCGUGAAACCGGCGCUGCCGAUUUGUGUUUUGUGUGUGAUCCAAAGGCACUAAUGUCUCAGGUUUCUUUCUUGAUUUUGUAAACUCAUUGUGUUCCUGAAAAUGAAAUAAAUGAAAUAAAUCAAAUAAA